AUUGCAUAGAUGGAAGAUAUUCGCUAAUAAGUCUAUCUUGAUUAGUCUAGUUGAAAUUAGAGUUAUGUAAGAUUUAAACAUAUGAGUGUAUUCGCAUGAUAAUUCUGAAUCGAUCUAAACUAUUUAAUUAUUCUUUCAACUUAAAUUACAUUAACAAUUGAUCAAUGAAUCAUUCUCUUCCUUCUUAAUUACACCAUUCCUCUUCCUCUUCUUCUUCUCUCAAAAUUGAAAAAUGAUCUGUUUCUUAAUUUGGACUUUGGCGCGUGGAAAUUUCAAAAAGUAAAAGAAAAAAAAACACGUAUACUCAAACUUUUUUGUGUGUACCACUCCCAUUAUUGACACCCACACAGAAUUAAAAAAAAGGCAGCCAAAUUUCAACAAUUGUUUGAUAUAUUCUUUCCUUUAGGUUGACUUGGCUAGACUAGUGUAAUUCAUCUCAAUUGGCUAUCUGCAGAUUCAGACAUAUUAUCCCUUUGCUUUCAGAACAUAGAUCAUCAUGUCUUCGUCGUCUGGUGUAAGCACGGGAGAGAAGGAUUCUCUUCGUGAAAGACAUCCUAAACAUGAAAAACAUAUUGAAGAAGAUGAAGAAAUAGAAGAUAAAGAAGAAGUGAAUGGUUCAGCUGAUAAAGAAGAACUCUCUAAGAGAACUCAAUAUGAUGAUGCUAAAGAAUACGUUGAUUCAUUAAAGAAAUUAGAAUCAAUCUUAGCUCCUAUUUUAUUCACCGCUUUAUCGUUCUUUGUUAGAUUAUACAGAAUUGGAAUUAAUAAUGGGGUGGUAUGGGAUGAAGCUCAUUUUGGUAAGUUUGGUUCUUAUUAUUUAAGACAUGAAUUCUAUCAUGAUGUUCAUCCUCCUUUAGGUAAAAUGUUAAUUGGUUUAUCCGGUUAUUUAGCUGGUUAUAAUGGUAGUUGGGAUUUCCCUUCUGGUGAAACUUAUCCUGAUUAUAUUGAUUAUACUAAAAUGAGAAUCUUUAAUGCUACUUUUUCAGCUUUAUGUGUUCCAUUAGCUUAUUUUACUAUGAAAGAAAUUGGAUUUUCAAUUGCCACUACUUGGUUAUUUACUUUAAUGGUAACUCUUGAAUUUACUUAUGUUACUUUAGGUAAAUUUAUCCUUUUAGAUUCUAUGUUAUUAUUUUUUACAGUUGCUACUGUUUUUACAUUUUCAAGAUUUAAUAAUUUUAAUAAUAAAAAGCAAGAAUUUUCCAGAAAAUGGUGGAAAUGGUUAUUAUUAACUGGUUUCUCCAUUGGUUGUACUUGUUCCGUUAAAAUGGUAGGUUUAUUCGUUACUACUUUAGUGGGUAUUUAUACUGUUACUGAUCUUUGGAAUAAAUUAGGCGAUAGAUCAAUUGGUUGGAUUCGCUACAUUCAACAUUGGAUUGCUAGAAUUAUUGGUUUAAUCAUUGUUCCAUUUUUAGUGUUCUUAUUAAGUUUUAAAGUUCAUUUUGAUUUAUUAUAUAGAACAGGUACUGGUGAUGCAAAUAUGUCCACCUUAUUUCAAGCUAAUUUAUUAGGUUCAGAUGUUGGUGGUGGUCCUCGUGAAGUUUCCAUUGUUCAUUCUGUUAUGACUUUAAAAAAUCAAGGUUUAACUGGUGGUCUUUUACAUUCUCAUGUUCAAACUUUCCCAGAAGGUUCAAAACAACAACAAGUUACCACUUAUUCUCAUAAAGAUUCCAAUAAUAAUUGGAUUUUCCAAAGAGCAAGAGGUCAACCUUAUUAUGAUACUGCUAAUAAUAAUACUAGUGUUGAAUAUGUUCUUGAUGGUAUGACGGUUAGAAUCAUGCAUCCUCAAACCGGUAGAAAUUUACAUACUCAUGAUGUUUCAGCUCCUGUUUCUAAAUCAGAAUAUGAAGUUGCAUGUUAUGGUAAUCAAACUAUUGGUGAUGCUAAAGAUAAUUGGAUUAUUGAAGUUAUGGAACAACAUUCUUCAGAAGAUAAAUUAAGACUUCAUCCAAUUACUACUUCAUUUAGAUUAAAAAAUCAAGUUAUGAAUUGUUAUUUAGGUGCCAGUGGUAGUUCAUUACCUCAUUGGGGUUUUAGACAAGGUGAAGUUGUUUGUUAUAAAAAUCCAUUUAAAAAAGAUAAAAGAACUUGGUGGAAUAUUGAAAAUAAUCGUAAUGAAAUUUUACCUGAACAACCUGAUUUUAAAUUACCAAAGACUAAAUUUUUAAGAGAUUUUAUUCAAUUAAAUUUAGCUAUGAUGGCUACAAAUAAUGCUUUAGUUCCAGAUCCUGAUAAACAAGAUGAUUUAGCUUCUAAAUGGUGGCAAUGGCCAACUUUAAAUGUUGGUAUUAGAUUAUGUUCUUGGUCUACCAAUAAAGUUAAAUAUUUCUUAGUUGGUUCUCCAGCUACUACUUGGCCAUCAACUGUUGGUGUAAUAGUAUUUGCUUUCCUUACUGUCUAUCAUUUGAUUAGAUGGCAAAGACAAAUUGUUGAUUUUCCAACAGAACAACCAAAUAAACUAAGAUUAUUCUUAAUGGGAGGUAUUUAUCCAAUGUUUGGAUGGGGAUUACAUUUCAUGCCAUUUGUAAUUAUGGGUAGAGUUACAUAUGUUCAUCAUUAUGUUCCAGCUCUUUAUUUUGCCAUGAUUGUUCUUUGUUAUGAAAUUGAAUAUUUCACGGCUCCAUUAGCUUUAGCUAAUGCAUCUGCCAAAGCUAAAAUCAUUCGUGCUGUAUUAUUCUUAAUCUUUUAUAUUAUUGUUGCCGGUACAUUCUGGUAUUUCAGAUAUAUUCCAUUAGGUAUGGAAGGUCCAAAGGAAGAUUGGGCUCAUUAUGAUAUCCUUGAAUCUUGGAGAAUUUCAAAUGAUAGAUAUAAGUAAAUCAAGUCAUAUAUACAUACAUACCCUACCUUACUUAAUCUCCCAUUUCUUUUAUCAUUUUAGUCAUUGGAAAAGUGGAAUGUAUCCUCUUUACAUAUGAAAAAUUAAAACAAUCUUUACAUAUAUAUUAUAUAACAAAAACUACAAAAAUAAACAGUCUAUUUGUACCGUAUAAUCGUUAGUUACUACAUUUAUAGUAG